GUGACCCGCCCAGCACGAGAGGAGGGAGGAGGAGGAGGAGGAGGAAAGAAGAUGGAAGGGAACCGAGACGAGGCUGAGAAAUGUAUCAACAUCGCGUCAAAAGCCAUCGAGGUUGGGGACAAGGAGAAGGCGCUGAAGUUCCUCCACAAAGCGGAGAAGCUCUUCCCGACAGGGAGAGCCAAAGUCUUGUUGGAAGCGCUAACCAGGAACGGGAGUUCUGCGGCUAAAGGUGCACAUCGGAGGCGGCAAGCGCACAAUGCGGAAGACAGUGGCGCACAGGCGGCGGGGGAACGUGCAGAGUCCAGGGGAGCAGGAUCGUCCAAGGUGUUCACACAAGAGCAGGUGGAAGGCGUCCAAAGAAUAAAGCGCUGUAAAGACUACUAUGAAGUGCUCGGUGUAAACAAAGAAGCCAGUGAGGAUGAGCUGAAGAAGGCGUACAGGAAACUGGCCCUCAAGUUUCACCCGGACAAGAACCACGGUCCUGGAGCAACAGACGCUUUCAAAAAGAUCGGUAACGCGUACGCGGUGCUGAGCAACCCGACCAAACGGCGGCAGUAUGAUCUCACGGGAGGCGAAGAGCCGAGCGCACCGGGUCACGCGCAUGGCGGUGGCAACGGCUUUGACUUCCACAGAGGGUUCGAGGCGGACAUCACUCCUGAAGACCUCUUCAACAUGUUCUUUGGAGGAGGCUUCCCCUCCUCAAGCGCACAGUCGUUCACCAACGGCAGGACGAGUUACAGCCAUCACGGCGAUUACCGACAGGAGAGGACUGACGAAAGAGGAGACGGUGGUUUCUCCAUGUUUAUUCAGCUGAUGCCCAUCGUGGUCCUGAUCUUGGUGUCAAUACUGAGCCAGAUGAUGGUUUCUCCACCUCCCUACAGCCUCUACUCUCGACCGUCCACGGGUCAGACGGUGAAGCGGCAAACGGAAAACCUCCACGUGGAUUACUACGUCACCAGAGACUUCAAGUCGGAGUACAAGGCGGCGGCGCUGCAGCAGAUCGAGAAAAACGUAGAGGAAGACUACGUGUCAAAUGUCAGGAAUAACUGCUGGAAGGAGAGACAGACAAAAACGGACCUGCUGUACGCUGCCAAGGUGUACCGGGACGACCGCAUGCGCAAGAAGGCCGAGCAUAUGACCAUGGACAACUGCAAAGAGAUGGACAGACUAAAUAACCUCUUUCGAGGUGGAUGACUUGCUUAGACACUGUUAGAUGUUAUAAUGUAUAUGAAUAGAUGUGUGUAUGUUCAGGUUUUUUUUUUUUAAAGGAGAGUAUUUACACUAGGAGCAACACAAAGAAAAUCUCUACUGAAAAUAUCUCAUACUUUGUGCACCUCACUGUGACAUCCUCAACAAACUCGACAUUCUGGAAAAAGAUGACUCCAUUACUUUAGGUUCUUCUGCUGUUUCCCUAAAAUCAAGAAAGAUUCAACAACAACAACAAAAAGUUAAUAGUGAGCACAUCCACUUCCCUGUUAAUGUCACCAAUCAGCUUUGUGAGCACAUCCACUUCCCUGUUAAUGUCACCAAUCAGCUUCCAGCAUGAAAUAAAUAUCCAUGUGGAAAAAGGAUGGCAAUGUCACGAGUUAAGAAUGAAGAACAGUGGACUCACUUUGGCACAUGCAUUCAUACUAGAUGUACAUGUUAAUUUUCUUUUUUUUGUUAAUGUUGGACAUUUAUGCAGUUAUUUAAGUAACUAUAGAAGAAAGUGAUUUUCUUCCACGCUCGCUUAUCAAUGAAAUAAAGUAAUAUUAUUAAUAA